AUGGCAAAUAUCUGGCCUGGUACACUGAGGGCGUUCUCACUCGCUGGAUUCGGGCUUCCCUGUGACAUCCGAUCAACACAGUGGCGGGAUUGGCUUCUGACAGACCCUGCGUAUGUUUGUUCCAUGGUUGCCGUAUGCGCAGCUGUUCGAGACUUUCUUCUAAAUCGAGAGAAAUCAAAAAGCACAUCACUGUACCUCAGGAAGGCUAUUUCCCAGCUAAACCAGACCCUCUCGAUUCAAAGCCGCGCGCUUGUUAACCCAACUGUCGCCACUGUCUUUGCUCUGGGUGUCGCGUCCGCUAUCGGGAACGAUCAGGCAGGCAUGUUGGCCCAUGCAGCUGGUCUGAAAGAGAUAAUUCGCCUCCGUGGUGGUAUGGACAGCUUCCGUGGUAAUCCACAACUGCCAGUUGUGCUUUCGCGUGUUGAUUUGUGCUUGACAUUGAGUACCGGGCAGAAACCCAUCUUUCCUCAAACCGACCCUGUCUUAGCUGCUCGUUCCUUGAUUAGUCCUGCCUACAGCUUGGGCUAUCUACCCCUACCUCCAGUCAGAGGACAGAUGCUCGAUUUUCUUCAGGACUCGAGGCUGGUAUCGAUAUUUCUCAAUCUACAGUUCCUUGUCCACCGGCUAAACCAUGCAACAUCUUCAGCCCCUCAUAGUAUGCUGGAGUCUGAGUUACAUGCAGGGAUAUGGACGGCACAGUAUCAACUUCUGGAGCUUCAAGGUGCCAUUGAAGAUCUCCUUGGAGAGUGUUUUCGUAUGACAAUGUUGGCGUUUCUGACGACGACCUUUAACGUGAUGGGUAUCAGAAUCAAGUACAAGCAUUCCAGCGAUCAGUUGCGGAACCUGUGCUGCGCAGUCGAGCCAUCGACGGAACGACUCGGCCACGCCAUGUUUUGGAUAUUGAUGAUUGGGGGCCUGGCAUUUUUCGACCGCGAUGAGACCUGGCUGCGCGACAAGUGAAAAUGGGAGGUACUACCACUGACUCGAGGCUUGGAAUGGGAGGAGGCGAGAGAGCUGUUGCAAGAGUUUAUUUG